CCGUCGACAAUUAACAAUCCAUCGCCAACAACGUCAAGAUGGGACGCGUGAUUAGAAACCAAAGAAAGGGUCGUGGCUCGAUCUUCACAGCCAACACCAGAUUGAACAAGGCACCUGCUCAGUUCAGAACUCUCGAUUAUGCUGAGAGACACGGUUACGUCCGUGGUGUCGUAAAGGACAUCAUCCACGACCCAGGACGUGGUGCUCCCCUCGCCAAGGUUGUCUUCCGCGAUCCAUACAGAUUCAAGCUCCACACCGAGACUUUCAUCGCCAACGAAGGAAUGUACACUGGACAAUUCAUCUACGCUGGAAAGAACGCCAACCUCACAGUCGGAAACGUUCUCCCUCUCGGAUCUGUUCCAGAAGGUACCGUUAUCUCCAACGUUGAGGAGAAGGCAGGCGACCGUGGUGCGUUGGGACGUACCUCUGGUAACUAUGUUACUGUUAUCGGACACAACCCUGAUGAGGGCAAGACCCGUGUCAAGCUCCCAUCCGGUGCCAAGAAGGUCAUCAAGAGCAGUGCCCGUGGAAUGAUCGGUAUUGUUGCUGGUGGUGGAAGAACCGACAAACCUCUCUUGAAGGCAUCCCGUGCUAAGCACAAGUUCGCCGUCAAGCGUAACUCAUGGCCAAAGACUCGUGGUGUUGCCAUGAACCCUGUUGACCAUCCUCACGGAGGUGGUAACCAUCAACAUAUUGGUAAGGCAUCCACUAUCUCAAGAUACGCUGCACAAGGUCAAAAGGCUGGUCUCAUUGCUGCGAGAAGAACUGGUCUGUUACGUGGUACCCAAAAGGUCAAGGAUUGAGCGAGUUGAGGGGAUUUUCAUUGCUUCGGAUAUGUUGGGCCUGCAUCUUUGUAAUUUGGGAUGGAUCUCAACGAGGAUGACAGAAAAGAAUUCUACCAAACAAUCUUGUGUGCUCUGGCAUGAUUUACUAGUGAUCAGGAGAUCGUGAUGGCAUGUUAACAGGCACUAAACAAAAUGAAUUGAUGGCUUUUCUACCAACUUGAAUCCAAAAAUUUGAACCUCGUAAUAUUCAAUGACUAGAUUAUUAUUGCACAAGGACAUACA